AAUACUUAUAAACUUACCUGCAUUAUAGUAAACACUCUAAAUCCAAAUGGAUUAUGAUGAUAUGCCAACACUUUCUGAAGCUCAUCCUGAGACAAUGGAUCUUUUAUCACGAGCAUGGUGUGAUUUCGCGGUUAAAGAAGCCUUACAACCCGAGUUUCAAAGCCAAGCACUUGUUCUCCAUGACUACGCAAUUAAUAGUUUUGAUGACGGAUCAAUGUCCCCUAAUUUCAAGCAAUUGGAGAGCAUAAAGAUGGAUGAUACAACAAAGUCCUUACCCCCAUGGAAGACUAAUGAUGUGAAGUCUUGGAUAUGGAUGCAACAAGCAAUGCACCCUGAAGUGAAUUACAGCGGCUGCUUCCGAAAGAAAUUGCAAUCAUGGCAUGUAAAUCCAUUUAAAUCAUCUCAUCUCUCAAUUAAGAAAUGGUUGAAAGAGAUUAAACAAAAGAAAAAAGAAAAUGAGAGGCUACAAAAUGCAGAAGUCCAUGCAGCAAUCUCAGUGGCUGGUGUUGCUGCCGCUUUGGCAGCCAUAGCUGCUGAGAACUCAAACCAUGGUGGCUCAAGUUCCCCCUCCACAACAAAGGAAGCGGCAGUAGCAACCGCAGCCGCCCUCGUUGCAGCUCACUGUGCAAAAAACGCUGAGGCAAUGGGUGCAAAGAAGCAUCAGAUCCGCACAGCAAUGAGUUCCGCGAUGAGUGCAACAAGCACAAGUGACAUUCUAACUCUCACUGCUGCAGCAUCUACAUCAUUACGAGGAGCUUCAACACUCAAAACAAGAUCCGGAUGCAAGAAUAUGCUAAACUCGAACGUUCCAGUACUGCCUAUAGAAGAAAAUACUGAACUUGAAUUUGAUUUCGAGCAGUGUCGGUCGAUUUUAAGAAGAGGGACUGAACUUAGAAUCAAGACAUCAGAUGGAAGAUGCAUGAUUAGAUCAGUCUCUAUUGUAUUGAAUCAUGAAGCCAAGGUUAUUCUGAGAACAAGGAAGCCUAAUCUAUUAAAUACAUUGGCUAGCAAGAAAGAAAGUGUUGUGUUAGAUCAACAUGCGGAGCUGUACAAGAACCCUUAUGACGACCGGGAAACUUGUUUUCUCAUUGUUUUGACGACGACCCGAGGAAUAAUUAAACUAGAUAUGAUGAACGACAAUGAGUGUUACAAGAUAUGGACAUGGACUAUUAAUCAAAUGCUAUCCCUUUUGACCCCAUCCAUAAAACAUUCACUCCCGUAUCUUAAAAACUAAAACGAAAUUGUUGUGUUGGUCAAUAUAUCUAUCCAGUAUUUCAUCUU